AUGUCGUCUGUUCACGCCGUGGAAAGGGAGCAUACCUCCAACGGGAAUCACUCCAGUCCCUCGAUGGAAGAGUUCCCAGAUGCCAUCAAUUCGCUAGACAUUGCAAGAACAGCCAGCCACGGUACGGUUGCGUGGACCACAAGCUGUGCCAUGAGUGGAAUGGCUGCCGAAGCUGUGUCCUCUGUGCACCAGUAUGAACGGCCCGCAUCAAUGCCGGUGGCCAGUACCCUUCGACGAAAUACAAUGGCCGUCUUGACGAUAUUCACCAAUCUGUUGCAGGGCGCUAUCGUUCUGGUUGCCGGUCCUAUCGGCGCUGUAUAUGGGCAUAAGAACAUGCUGAUAUAUAGGACUCUCUGGCUAGGCGUUUGCAAUCUGGUCUGUGGCUUCUGCAACAACUUCAUUACCUUCGUUAUCAUGCGAGCGCUGUCCGGAAUUGGCGGGGCCCUGAUCAUGCCCAACGCUGUGGCCAUUCUCACCAUUACCAACCCUCCCGGACUGACUUACCUUGAGGUGCUAGCUUUCUUCUCUGCAUCUCAAGCUCCCAGUUCAGGGUGGUCGAGCCCAGCCGUGGUAGUGUGCCUUAUCGUCUCGAUCGCCUUACUCGCUUUGUUUCUGGCUUGGGAACAAUAUGCCACCCCCCAUCCUAUCAUGCCGCUGAGCAUAUUCAAGGCACCGUCAUUCGGCAUCCUCAUUCUCGUGGCGCUUUUCAAUUUCAUGGCGGUAGGGAUCUUCUGUUGGUACCAGACACUGUGGCUGCAGGAAAUCUGGCAUUGGUCAUUAUUGCACUUCGCCCUCAGUUGGACACCGUUCGUGAUCUGCGCCAUUGCAGCGGCUUCGUUGUCUGCGUGGCAGGUUCCUCGGCUGGAUGCUCAAUGGAUCUUGGCCAUUGGGACCCUGACCAUCCUGGGGGCUUGUCUGCUCAUGGCCACCCUAUCGGAGCCUCGGAUCUAUUGGCCGCAGGUCUUUCCCUCCGUCGUCCUGUUCGCCUUCUCCCCGGAUCUGGUCUAUACCGCGGCGCAGAUCAUCGCCAGCAAUUCGGUCAGUCGCCAGCACCAGGGCACGGCCGGCUCUCUCAUCAGCAUCCUCAACCUCUACGGCGUCAGUUUGGGCCUUGGGUUCGCCGGGACGAUCGAGGUCCAGACCAACGACCACGGCCGGGACAAAGUUUUGGGCUUUCGAGCAGCACUAUAUUUCGGGGUGGCCAUGGCUGCGGUCGCUGUGUUGGUCGACGUUUUCUUCAUCCGCUGUGUCAAGGAUGAGAAAAGGGGCUGGGAUGAAGGCGAUUUGAGCGCUUUGGCAGAUCAGGAACUGGAGGCUCGCGCCAUGACAAGUGGUGCAUCGCCGCCGACUGUCACUGUCAGUAGUAGAGUGUGA